AUGAAAGGUAAAAAAUCCUCAACCGCCGGUAAUACUUCAUCAGACGUUAAAAAACCAAUCGAACGUAGUAAAAAGUUAGCAUCAGCUUCAUCAGAAACAAAUUUAAAAAAACGUGAAGUCACAAAACCUACAUCAUCUUCAGGUAAAAAGCGUCCUGAAUUAAAAAAAUCUUUACCGAAUCCUGAUGACGCUAAAAAAUCAUUGUUCAGACCUGAUGGAACUCAAAAUCAUGUAAUGGAACAUGACGUAACUCAGUUAUCUGAACAUGCCAAAAAUCAUUUAAAUAUUAACGCUAAGUCAGAAAAUACAACAAAAAAUCGAACUGCCCAAGUUAAACCUUUAGGUGGAAUUGACGUUUCGUCAAGUGUCAAACCUUUAGUUAACAAAAAUAAACCGACAAUAGGUACCAAAAAAAGACCAUCUUCAAUUAAGACAUCGCCCACAAUAUCCACAAAUAGUAAGGAGAAAAUUUCCGCAAAAUCUCCAACAAAGAGCAGGCAUGACAUUCCUGCAACAGAUAAUAAAAGCAAGCGACGUAAUUCUACGACAAUUUUCGAAUCUCCUAAAGAAUUUUCGUCCAACAUUUCUAGGCAUACUAGGCGUCGUAAUUCUACGACAAUUUUCGAAUCCCCUAAAUAUUCGUCCAACAUUUCUACCGUCGUAUCUUCUCGAUCAGCCGCUCACAAGCGUGCAACAUUUGAACACACAAGACAACAUUCAUACACAACACCUAGUAGUGUAACUCCAAAUUUAACUUCCAUUUCUGAAAUUCCAAAAGGACAAGAUUUUGUCCCACCUUUCACAUCUGAAAUUACCAGACAACAUGUAUCCACUACCCCGAUUGGUGCUACAAGAAGAGUUUCAAAUGCUUCUUCUGUAACUUCGGAAGAUAGUUUAUUUCCUUUAUCUCCUACUUUUUCAUCUGCAACUUCUGAAGGCAGUUAUUAUCGUAUUUCUAGGUCUUCUUCUAUGGCUUCAGAGAAUGGUUAUAACUUUAAUUCUUAUUCUGAUGAAUUAGAUGAUUUUAUACAAAAUGAUUAUUUGGAUAAAUUUUCGUCUUUAGUUGUGAAUAAUUCUUUAUUUAAAAAACCUAGAAAAAGUUUUGGUUCACGAGAAGAUUUUGAUAAAAACCUUGAAGAAAUUUUGAACGAAAUUCUUUAUAAUACUGAUAUAAAAGAAAAAUCUUCGGAUUCUUCUGUGAGUGUUGAAACGUCUGCAAAGAAAGAAAUUCUCGCUGAUGAUAAAAAACAAAAAUCACCGGGUUCUUUUGUGAAAUUUGAAGUAUCUUCAGAGAAAGAAAUUCUCUCUGAUGAUAAAAAACAAAAAUCGCCAGAUUCUUUUGUGAAUUUUGAAGUAUCUACAAAGAAAGCUAUUCAUGAUAAAUCAGAUGAAUCUUCGGCUUUGGUGGUAGAAAGUAGUAAACCAUGUGAGGUAACUACUAAUAAUCCAAAUUCAAGUGAUGACGACGAAGACAUUAAUUAUAGUGAUAUUGAUGAUGAGAUUGAAAAGUUGAUGAAAGAAAUCGAACAAGAAGAAUUAGAAAUUAAGAUGAUGGAGAGUUUGGAAAAUGACGCGUCAACUGUAGAAAAAAUUGAACAAAGUACUACUACAUCAUCUCUAGAAAAUGGCAAUCUUAAAGUUGAAAAUCAAGUUGAAAUAAAAGAUGAAUCUGGUGAAUGUGAAAAAAGUUUCGACGUUACGGAAAAAUUAUCGAAAGAAAUUGACCAAAAUGAAUUCAAGAAUGAAACUUUACAAGAUGAGGAAACUUUACAAGACGAGGAUUUUAAAACAUAUUCUGAACUUCAAUAUCCUAUAGGGUCAUCUGAAGAUAACAUAAUGCAGGAAAAUUAUGCAGAUACCAAUAAGACAUUAGAUGUUGUAUUAGAAGAUCCUUUAAAAUUCUUAAAAAAUAAUGAUAUGAAAAUUGAAGCAUUCGAAGUUGUUAACGAAAAUGUGAAUAUAGUAGAGCCGCACAAUAUUACUUCAGAAUAUAUGGAACCUCACGAUAGACAAUAUGAUUUUGACCUACAAAAUAAAAUGCAAACUUCUCAAUUAUUAGACUGUCACGUUGAACAAGAUAAACCAACUGAUGAAAUAAUCGAUACAAAUAAAAAUAUAAUGGAAUCUCAGGAAAAUCAGCUUGAGAAACAUGAGUUGUAUAAAGAAGUAGUUGAAGAUACUAAUGAAGUUAUUGAAAAUAUUGAAUCACGUGAAGAAUGCGGUCAUCAACAAAUUGCAAGGUUGGAAGACGUGUUUACUGAACAAGAGGAACAGUCCAAAUAUCAUGCAUCAACUUUUGAGCAUGAUGAAGAGAAUGCAAAAUCAGCCGUUCAAACACCUUCAGACAGCGCUCAAGACUUCACUCAGGAUAAUGUUCAGGAUAACAUACAAGAAAGCAUCCAAGAUAACAUACAAGAUAACAUUCAAGGUAACGUGCAAAUUGAAAUUCAAGAUAGCACUCAAGAUAAUAUUCAAGAUAACGUCGAAGACAACAUUCAAAAUAACAUUGAAAAUAACGUGCAAAAUGAAAUUCAAGAAAUGCAAAGUAAUGUCCAAAAUAAUAUGCAAGAUGGAACGAUCGUUAUAUUAUCUAAAGACACAGAUAGUCAAUAUGAACAAAAGGUUCAACCAGAUGAUACCGUAGAACAAUUUAAGCCAGAUGAUACCAUAGAACAAUUUAAGCCAGAUGAUAUCGAGGAACAAUUUAAGCCAGAUGAUAUUGAGGAACAAGUUAAGCUAGAUGACGCUGCUGAACUAGUUAAGCUAGAUGACAUCGCUGAACAAGUCAAGUCAGAUGAUACUGCUGAGCAAGUCAAGUCAGAUGACAUCGCUGAACAAGUUAAGUCAGAUGAUACUACCGAACAAGUUAAGCUAGAUGACACUGCUGAACUAAUUAAGCUAGAUGGCAUCGCUGAACAAGUCAAAUCAGAUGACACUGCUGAACAAGUUAAGUUGGAUGACACUGCUGAGCAAGUCAAAUCAGAUGACAUUGCAGAACAAGUCAAGUCAGAUGACACUGCCGAACAAGAUGACAUUGCUGAACUAGUUAAGCUAGAUGUCAUCGCUGAACAAGUCAAGCUAGAUGAUACUGCUGAGCAAGUCAAGUCAGAUGACACUGCUGAACAUGUCAAAUCAAAUGACAUCGUAGAACAUGUCGAGUCAGAUGAAUAUGUCAUAUCAAAUGACAUCGUAGAACAUGUCAAGUCAGAUGACAUCGAAGAACAUGUAAAGUCAGAUGAUAUCGUAGAAUAUGUCAAGUCAGAUGAUAUUGCAGAACAUGUCAAGUCAGAUGACACUGCUGAACAUGUCGAGUCAGAUGACGUCGCAGAACAUAUCAAGUCAGAUGAUACUGCUGAACAUGUCGAGUCAGAUGACGUCGCAGAACAUGUCAAGUCAGAUGAUACUGCUGAACAUGUCGAGUCAGAUAACAUUGCUAAGCAAGUUAAAAUAGAUGACGCUGAAAUAGUUAAUCUAGAUGAUAUCGCUGAACAAGUUAAGCUAGAUGAUAUCGCUGAACAAGUCGAGUCAGAUGACAUUUCAAAACAAGUCAAGUCAGAUGACACUGAUGAACAAAUCGAGUCAGAUGACAUCACGGAACAAGUCAAGUCAGAUGACAUCGCAGAACAAAUUAAGCUAAAUGACAUCGCAGAACAGGUCAAUCCAGACGUUGUGGAUAUUAAAGAAUCAAUAGAAGAAGCAAUAAUGGAGUUUGUAGAGAGCUUAGAGCAUGAUAAUAAAGUACCUUCUAUAAUGUCGCUAGAAAAUCCAAAGCAAGAUGAGCCAUCAUCUACACUUUACAAUUAUAUAAACCAUAAUGAACAAAGCGAAUCUCUUGUUCAUACAUCGCAUGAUACUGAAGACUUUUCUAUUUCGUCGACAUCAAGAAAUGUUGAUACAAAUUUAUUUAAUCAAGAAAUAAUUACUUCACCUAUUAUAUCAACGGUUCAAAAUGAACUCAUUGAACAUGAUAUGUCAAUUGUUAAUAAUUCUGAAGAUAAUAAAGAGAAUAAAAUUCAUAAAGAAUGUGUUAUAGAUACUGAACAAACAACGAUGCAGGUUGAUUUAGAUGUUACAAUUUCCGAAAAGAUAAAAGAAUCUGAGGAUAAUGAAAUACCUCAAUUACAAAUUUCAUCAUCAAAUAAUCCUAAAAAAUGUAAAGGCAAGGCACCAGUUAGACCUUUUAAUAAAAAGAAACUUGAUGAUGAUGAAAAGCAUGGCGAAAUUGUACAACAAAGUGCUUUAACAUUAGACAUUGUAGAUAAAAAAAAUUCGUUUAAUAAUUCACCUUUAAUUAAUCAUCAAAUUGAUCAGAAUAAAUUAAAUAUAAUACAAAAACCUAUAAUUGCUCAACAUGAUUGUUCGAGGUUGGUGGAUUUAAAAGCUACUCAACCUGAUGCAUUACCUGUAGGAAUUGCAUCUUUACCAUUAGUUAAUCAAUCAAUAGCUUAUUUAAUAUAUUAUCGAAGGCUCGUUGAAUGUUUUAUUCUUACUCUUAUAUUUGAUUUCACCAGGCCAUUCUUAAAUCCUAUUAAUUUUUGGCUUGAGUAUUGUUGCUUCCCCGUAUUGGCUUUUUGGUUAUUUCAGUUGGAGGCAGGAUUAAAUAUAUUAUCAUGGGGUCUCUCUCGAAAAUAUCAACGAAAUGUUAUUGCACAUUGGGAACAAUUGUUGUCUACAAAUAUUGUAAAUCAAUUGUCAACGGGUAUGGAAUCCUUGAAUAAACCUUUGGAUCUAUCUGAUCAGCGAGAACGUAAUUUUAAUUUAGAUAGAGCGGAGUUUCUCCUAUUUCUUUCUUCCCUUUUAUAUUGUCGGGACGAUAAUAUGGUUCACAAUGCACAUGAAACACUCACUAAAUUAAAUUCAAAGAAAAAAAAGCCAACUGAUAGAGAUUUACGAACAAUAUUAAAACUUCUUCAUGAUAGUGAAAACUCAAUUAGAGCACAAAUAAAACAGUUUGAUCUUAAUUUUACCUCUAUAUCGGAAUUGAAUCAUCUUGGUGGUUGCUAUGCUGGCAUGUUUUGGUCUGAGAAAGAUAACUUUAUUGUUGUGGCAUUUCAAGGAACAACUACAACUAGUUUUGCUCAAAUGUUAACAGACAUGACAUUCCAACGUAUGGAUGCAAGGCCAUAUCUUUUUGGUAAAGUUCAUGAAGGCUAUUAUAAAUCAUUAUUUGAAACCAAUAAUUUAAAUCAUUGUGCUGCAUUAAGAAUGGCUGAUACAAUUCGAAUUAAAGUAGCAGAACUUAAUCAAAAGAACAAUAAUCCAGUAAAUUUAUGGAUAACAGGACAUUCUAUAGGUGCAGCAUUUGCAACAUUAUUUUAUACUUGGUUAAUGAAGACACCUACAAUGUUAAAUGAAAACUGUAUUUUACGUGAUGCUUUCACUUUUGCAAGUCCCCCUUGUGUUGAUAAUGAAUUUUCAACAGAAUUUUCUUCUUUAAUUAAUAAUCCUGAAAAUAAUGGUAAAACUUUAUGGAGAAUUAUUACCGAUGAUGAUUUAAUUCCUAAAAUGCCUCCAACUUUUGAUAAUCGAAAUAUUAAACGUUUUACAAGAAGAGUUGAAGUUUUAAAUAAUUCUCAUAUUGGAAAUGAAGUUCGAUUUUUUCAUGAUGGUAGAAAACCUAUAUCAAAACAACAUCAUUUAUUCGGUAAUAAUAAAUUAUUAUUAGGUCAAGGAUUAAAAUUUAAUCAGUUAAAAAAUUUAUUGGAAAACGGCGAAUCAUCAAAUUUACAAAAACUUAUUACGAGACCAUUAAGAAAGUUGGAUUUGAUCGAAAAGUCUAUUCCUAAUUGUUUCUUGAAUCAUAAAUCUUAUAGAUAUUUUGAGGUUUUGGAAAAAUCGAGACGAUAUUUCGAGUUAGAUAAUCAGUGA